GAGUGUACGUCUGCCUGUAUCAGCAAGUUGCAUCUGUGGACUCCAUCCUUUAAAGUGCACUGGCUUCAAUGAUAUCAAUUGAAUGAAGUCAAUUCUCUUGCUUGAAUCAAAUCUAUGCUUUCCCACUCUGAUGCAGUUCUCUCAAUCUCAUUAUGUAGUACCAAAAACACACUGUAGGUGUCAGCAGUACCUAAUUGAUUGAUUCAUCUAGUGCUUGUACAAUCAUCUCGUAGGAGAAGACGAUUCUGCAGAAUAAUCGGAUACAUCGCCACGAUGGCCCAGUUUUCUUCGUGCCGCUAAACGUUGAUUAGAAGAUGGAUCCUGGACGAAGAAAUUGUAAUCGCCACAAACCAUACAAGUGUGCGAAUGGUCAGUGCACAAAAGGACCAGCAAAUUGCCAUUCUUCACGCCAUUGUAAGGCGUACCCACUCAACCCACGCAGAUAUCAAUGUCCGGAGGGAAAUUGUGUGCGAUUUGAUUACCACUGUAUACGACCCUGCGGCUUCGAACAAACUGACACAUCAUCGAACACACCAGUACGCCAUAGAUACAAGUAUGACUACCAAUGUCCGCACUUCCCCCUGAAAUGUGGACGCAGCCCAUCAGAUUGUCCAUCACACUGUAGCUACCCGGAUGCCUAUACAUGUCCCGUGACAGGAGAAUGUAAACCAAACUUUCAUUGGUGUGAGAGCUGCUCAGAGUUUCGCUGUGAUAAUGGCGUCUGUUACCAACGCAACCAAAAAUGUGAUAAACUGAAUGACUGUGGCGAUUGGUCCGAUGAGAAAUACUGUGACGGCUCAGAGAACCCCGAACUUCACCCAAUAGCAACCACACGUAGUCCAGAUGGAUUUCUGCAGCCAUGGUCAAUAGUAAUGAUAUCAAGCGGGGUGAUACUGCUGAUGUUGGCCACUAUCUAUAUGAUACUGAGACGAUACGGGCCAAUCUGUCGGAGGGGACGUCUACUAUCAAAUCAAAAUUCGCCCCAGAUACGCUCUUCCUGCACGUAUGCAAAUGACCCGUCAAUGUGCCUCUGGAACAACUCGGUAGAGGGUGCUCGCCUCUCGUACAUUCCUCCCCAAGACAGUCCGACGUCGUUCAUCCUUUCCAGAGCUGCUAGGUCACAUUUCCGGGAAACGCCUGCCAAUCCUCCAUCAUAUCUGGACGUGAUGGCAUCUGAGCAAUAUAGUCCAUUCCCUGAGGAUUCUUAUUCACCGCCAAGUUACAGUGAGGCAGUACUGGCAGCAGCAUCAGAUCACCGUGGGGUGACUGAACCUAGCUUCAAGAGACUAACACCCUCCAUGGCAACCACUCAAACUAACUACAGCCCUAACCCAGCGACAGAGACGAUUGUUUGACGUUGGUCUCCCGGCUUGGCAGCUACGAAAUACCACCACAGCCGUAACCCACCGAUGGAGACUGUGGUUUGACCUCAGUCGCGUUGUUUUGUAAUGCUCAUAUGUUUCAAAAAGAGAACUUUGAACAGUUGGAAGGAGACGUAUCAGUAUAGUUUUCAAAUGUUUCAUAGAUGUCACUGGUGCCAUUUGUCCUUGAAAAGAAUGAAAAGUGAAAUGGUUUUUUAUAGUGGAAGGAACUCAUUUUCUAGUUCGUGGUGCUAAUAUCAUACAUGUAUGAAAAGAUUAGCAGUUGAUGAAAAGCUUUAACACUUAUAAUAUGCUGUACAGAAUUUUCAAUACAAUUUGUGUGUGUUUAUGUACAAAUCAUGUAUACAUUGUAAUGUAUAGUGUAACCAUUUUAGACUGAGACAGUGUGCGAGUGUUGAUAUGUGGGAGUCCACAAUGUCGCUUAGAGUAAAUGUGCCAUAGUGUUUUAGUGAGCACAAUGGCUCCUGGCUGUUUCAUUUAUCUUUAUACUGUAUCCAAUAGACAUUUCAAUUGGACGUCUUUGUCAAUACAUGUAUUCUUGAUAUCUGUUUGUUCUUUGUUGAAUUUUCUUUAAAUGUCAAAUUUUACACUUUUCAGAUUUUCUGUAAGCCUAGCGCUAUAAAUUUUUAUCUCGUGCAUUUAUGACAUUGUUGUUCUCCCCUAUUUUAUGAUUAUAUGAAAAGUCUGUUACAAUUCUGUUUAGCUGUCAAAUAUAUAUCUGGUGAAGUCCCCUUUAAAUC